CUUCAUCCCUCCCCAAGAAGAAGAAGAAGAAGAAGAAGAAGACUAGUAUCCACGAAAAUGGCCAACCCUGGACUCCUCAAAACUGCAGCCCUGGCGGUCGCCGUCCUGUGCAUGGUGGUGGCCAAUGCGCCUCCGGCCGCUUCGCAGGUGUCCUCCUGCAACCAGGUGGUCAACACCCUGAUGCCGUGCGUGUCCUACGUGCUCAACGGAGGGGCCGUGCCACCCGCCUGCUGCAGCGGGAUCCGGUCGCUGUACUCGGCGGCGAGGACCACGGCCGACCGCCAAGGCGUCUGCAACUGCCUGAAGUCCGCCAUCAACGGGAUCUCCUACAACGCCAACAACGCCGGCCUCGCAGCGGGCCUGCCGGCCAAGUGCGGGCUCAAUAUUCCUUACAAGAUCAGCCCCUCCACCGACUGCAAGAGCGUGAAGUGAGAGAGAAAGAUGGGGCGCAGGACCAAAAUGCUUCCAAGGGCGAACAUACGGUGUCGUUCUGGAUCUCUAUGUUAACGUUAGAAUAAGAGGAACUACUGCUGCUACUGUUGCCUCGAGCGACGGUGUCUCUAGUUAUUACGAUAGUAGUCGUUGCGGUGUCGUUCCGGAUCUCUGUAUCGACGGUUAGUACGACGCGUCGUUUCAUAUGGUCGAAUGUAUUCUACGCCAUGUAUGGGGAAACUACUUUGUACUUUUGAACGAAAGUGUUUUCACUGUG